CAGUUUCUAGUUGUCAUAGAAUCUUUACAUUUUUAUUUUAUACGCAUUUGUAUUAUUACAUGUAUCGUCGAAAAAAUUUCUUAUGCGAUAUUUGAAUUUUGUGACACACGUGUCAAGUACCGUAAAAUCACAAUGAAGUGUGUAAUAUGUCAAAGACAAUUUACAAACAACUCCGAUAUUUCCGCUGCAUUGUGCGGUCACAUUUUUCACCGCGCCUGCAUCACGCACAGGUUAAAAAUAUCGCAGGUCUGUCCAGUGUGCGGGGAAACAUGUUCUAUUAACUCUAUACACAAAGUGUUUGUUACUUUUGACAAGGUUUUUACGGCGAAACAUUUUCAAGAGCAGAUCGAGUCUUUGAACAACAACCUCACAUCUAAAAUUAAUCAUAUUAAGAUGUUCGAAGAGAGAAACAAAAAACAACAAGAUACUUGUAUGAACUUGGUAAAUGGAAUUUAUCAAAAUGAACGGCACAGUAAACGUAUUUCCGAUAGAAUUUAUCGAAUAAAAAAUGGAAUAAAUGUUUUAAAUGGGAUGGUUCCUUCACUAAGAAGGUCAAUGACAAUUAAUGAAAGAAGAAAAUUAUCGCUGACAAAUUUAUUAUCAGACAAGAAUAAUUCUGUAGCUGUUCAUAAAAUGUAUAUAACAAGUAUUAAAGCUCGAAUUAUCAAAAAGAAGAAAACCUAUAGAAAUCUUAAAGAACUACAAGCUCAAGAAAAGCGAUAUCUAAAAAAUAAAUUAGACGAGUAUAAAAAAAGGUUAAAAAUGGCUAAGAAAACUACACACGUAUACAAGUCUUUGACUCGUGUACAUGAUCUUUCAUCCAAAUAUGCUACAAAACAAGGACAUAAAAGAAACAAUUCAUCACUUCAACAUGAAAUAAGAAAGAAAAUAAAUAAAAAAUAAACCUAAAGAAAUAUUCAUGUAGAAACAUUUGCUGAGGUAAACAAAAUUACUGUAUUAAAAUUAAGUACGUAGUGUACAUAAAAUGUGUUAAUUAUGGUCUCUUGGAGCUUCUAAAAAUGUUGUCCUGUAAUAUUCGGAGCAAUUCGAGGUAUAUCUCUACGCCAAAGUAACAACUUUAUCUAAAAUUUAAAAUAAAAAUUGGAAAACGCUUAUGGACUCUUAGAGGCAAAUUCACAGUACGUAAUUAUUUAUAAUGAAUUUUUAUAUGUAUACUAAUGAUUUUUAAAAUAUACCUUUUAUUCUUUA